AGGUGGGUAGUGGGUAAGAGAGAGUGCGGUAGAUGCUUUGCAAGUCUGCACGCGCAAAUCACCGUUCCUGCUUCAUCUUGUUGUGGAGCCUAUGGUGGACAUCUUCGGCAACGACGGUCGAACUGUCGUGUGACUGAUUUGCCACAUCGCUGCCCUGUUACAUGUGAAGGUAUUAGUGUCUACGAUGACCCUUUUUCCGAAUUGAUAGUCUGUUCAUUUUGCGGCUGUACUCCGUCGUUUCAUCUCCUAUACACCACCGUUGGACGUGCUGAAUAACUCGCAAUUUGGCCACUAGACAGGCCCUGUCUUCCUGACGUUCCUGUCCUCCUAAAUCCACCUGUUUCUUCCUCUCAUUUGGCCCAUUUAACGUCAUCUGUGCUCCCUCCCUCCCCGUAGACGAAGUCCGGUCCUACGUGGAGUCUUGCCAAUCUCGAAGCGCCAAAGUGUUGCAGUCCAAUCUAGCGCGCAUGCACCGCCGGGCCUGUCGUCAGUUUGCGGUGCGUUUGCGCGCUGCUUUAUCAGAGGCCGGAGCCACCUUGCCCUCGGAGGUUGUCACCACGGCCCCAAAGACCUCCCAUGCACCUGCCUGUGUUCCCCGUAUCCAGUAAGACUCCUCUUUGUCCGUCUGUCCUGCCUACCGAUCUUUUUAUCACCGCAAGACCCUAGGCACUGUUCUUUACUCUGCCCGCUUUGAAUUUCUUAUGGGGUGUUUUAGACUCACGGAUGCGGCGCUGGAAGCUCUGCUUCACAUCAUCGAUGCCGUCUCUGUGGCCACUCAGUCUGCCUUUUCCGAGGAUUCCCGCAAAGGCCGACCAGUCUUCUCCCCGCAGAAGGCUACGGAGCCCUCAGCAUCGCAGGUGACAGGGAAAACUGACGAGGUGGGGCACUGUCUUUCUUUUCCUUCUUUUCAUCAUCGUCAUCAUCACCAGCUGCAAGAACAAGAUUCUGGGCCUACUUGUCUUUCCCACACUCCCCUGACAAGAUCUUAAUUACUUACAGUAAUGUUACUUAGUUUCUGCAAUGUGUUUUCGAUUAGAAAGGAUUACUUGGGGGGGGGGUUGUAAUACUGCUUUUUGUGCACUUAUUCUCCUAAAACGGGCCACGCAGAGGAUGCGCUGGACCAACACUUUCUCAUGCUACCGGCAUUUUCUCGUUUAGACUACAAAUUUCCUUGCUCAAGUUCGCAGUACUCUGUACGAAAUUGUUUUUCUCUCCACUAGUUUCGUUGUAAACCUGCGAUAUCCCCAGAACCUCCGGUCUUUGAUGUUAUUCAGUCCGUUCUCGGUAUGCAGAUUAAGUCGCCACCGGCAAACGCGACUCCGACCAGCCCUGAAACCUUUGCUGCUGCCGCCGAAAAAGAGAGUGAUCAAGCCUGUCCUCCUGGUCGACAAAACCCUCCAAUUCCGGCACCCCGUAGACGUCCCACCUCCACCCCGAUUCACCUAGAACAGCGUAUCCAGGAUUCCAGUAUCUCAGGGAAAGCAGCCGGAGUGGCCAACUUCCUUCCUGAGUUGAAACACCUCUUUGACACCCAUGAGGCCAAACUGUCUCCACAGUCACAAGCAUUUGCCACCUCCUGA